UGUCAGUCCGUCUUACGCCAAAAUGUGCAAUAUCGCAGUCACUGCUAUUUUUCAUAUAUGCUCGUCUGUCCUUCACUAGAACAUUUAAAAAUAACUGUGUGAAGAAGGUAACAACAUGAAGCUGAUACACAGAGAUAUUGAGAAACAUGGCGAAGGGUCUGUAACCCUGGUGCCAGAGGAGGCUGAAGACAUGUGGCAUGCCUAUAACCUGGUCCAGGUGUCUGACUCACUGCGUUCAACUACCAUCAGGAAAGUCCAGAAUGAGUCUGCAACAGGAAGUGUGAGCGUCAACAAGGUGCGGACAACUCUCACUAUCCAAGUGGAGGGUAUCGACUUUGACACACAGGCUUGUGUGUUGCGGGUGAAGGGCAGAAACAUCUGUGAGAACCAGUAUGUCAGGAUGGGAGCCUACCACACCCUAGAUCUGGAGCAGAACCGACAGUUUACUCUGGGCAAACAUGAGUGGGACAGCGUCAGUUUGGAGAGAAUAGAGAACGCUUGUGACCCGACACAGCAUGCUGACUUGGCGGCCGUGGUGAUGCAGGAGGGUCUCGCUCAUGUGUGUCUUGUCACGUCCAGUAUGACGUUAGUCAGGGCAAAGAUUGAAGUCAACAUCCCCAGGAAGAGGAAAGGGAUGUGUGACCAACAUACUAAGGGUCUUAACAGGUUUUAUGACCAGAUUGUUCAAGCAAUAUUGAGACACGUCAAUUUUGACAUUGUGAAAUGUGUGCUCAUUGCCAGUCCCGGUUUUGUUAAGGAUCAGUUCUACGAGUACAUGACAGCUACAGCUGUAAAGAAUGACUACAAGUUGCUGAUUGACAAUAAGUCCAAGUUUGUCCUUGUACACUCAUCUUCAGGAUUCAAACACUCGCUGAAGGAGGUGUUGUCGGACUCAACAGUGACGUCCAAGCUGGCAGACACUAAGGCCGCAGGUGAAGUAAGGGCACUGGAGGACUUCUAUCAGAUGCUGCAAUCUGAUCCCAACAGGGCGUACUAUGGUGUGAAGCAUGUGGAGAAGGCUGCGGACUUACAGGCCAUCGAGAUGUUGUUGGUGUCUGACGAACUGUUUAGGUCCAAUGAUAUACAACAGCGGAGACGGUACGUGAAUCUGGUGGACAAAGUGCGCGACAACGGAGGAGAUGUUAGGAUAUUCUCCAGUUUACAUGUGUCCGGAGAGCAGCUUGGCCAGCUGUCCGGUGUGUGUGCUGUCUUGCGCUUCCCCAUGCCAGAUGAAGAGGACGAUUCUGAGGAGGAGGAUUAGCCUUAUGUUAUGAAUGUGAAUACAAGCUGAUCUGUGAUGAGGACAUGUCUCUCCAGGGUGGAUCAUCUGGGCUGCCAGGUCCUGGUUCUGCCUGUGGUGUCCCGAGUGGUGUCAGAGAGGCCCUUGAUCCUGCCAGGGUGGUCAAUGUGGUUGUCAGGGUGGCUGUUGAUUCUUCUGGGGUGGCUCAGGCUGUUGCCAGGGUGGAUCGGGAUGCUGCUAGGGUGGUCAGUGGAAUUGUCCGGGUGGCCAUUGAGACUGAAAUGUAUGUUGACGAACAGAGUAAGUAAUGCCUAUCUGAGCUGAGUGUCCUUUUAGUUAGGAUAAGAAAGUUGCAGAAAGUAUAGGACAGGAAAACUUCACUGCAGUUUUGAGACAACAGGAUCUUUGUGUAUAAUCAACACAGUCUGCACUUGUACUGUUUAGUACGUGUCUUACACAAAUCUUCAAGACUUGUAGCUGGUCGCUGUGACGUAACUGUCUGCCUAUUAUUCAAUCUCUAUACUGACAGGAACCAUUUUCAAAUCGGUUCAGUAGAUGAGACGUCAAGUUAAAGGUAAGAAGACUUGCUGAUUUCGACAGGUGCUAGUCUCUUUAUCAAGAAAGUGACAAGCAGCUAGAGUGGGCAUAUUGAUAUCCUACAGAUAAUGCCACUCAAAGAUAUUAGCAAGAUAACAUUAACUCAUCAUAUCCCCUCCAUGCCACAUUGAAAUUACAGCAAACUGCGUUUAUAAUGUACUGGGCUUGUUGCUGUGGUCCCAUUCUAUAUAUUUUAGUCAAAAUGCAUAUAAGGUACAAUGGACACGACAAGCUGAAAUCAGCAGUCCCUUUCAGUUUGUUAUAUCUGUAGUUUGCUGCAUUAAGCAGAAACAUGGAAACAAAGGACAGUGGUGUGGUGUUUCAGGACUGGUAGAAAUACUGUCUGUGAAUGUUCCCACUGGGUGAUGAAGCCAGCCUGGAAGUCAGUCUUUAGUGAGUUUGUGAAUGCUUGUAAGUUAUUGUCAUUGAGUGAUUGAAAGAGUGUGUUUUACUUCUAGACAGACUGUUUAUAGUGUGUGACACUGCGAGGAAGAUGAGUGGUUGGGGAAACGGUAUAAGGAAUGAUAUGGGUUACCUCCCCUCACUACAUGGAUUGAUCUGGUAACCAAGGGUGACCUUAUAGUUAUAUUUGUUCCUGGUUAUCUCGGUGUCAAAAGAGCAUACAUGUCAGCUGAAAAUAACUUGUUGUUCCUUUGUAAAUACUUAUACAUACUCUUUGGCACUGAGCCCGGUGUUUGUUAUCUGAUAGACAGAAAUUCACACAAGUAUUUUACAGCAAUAUGCAGUUAAGUUCAUGUAGCCAAUAAAAAGUAUGUGUGUUUCCAGUUUUAUGACAGACCGUAAUUUAGAGCCCUUAAAGGGAAGCCCCCAACUAGUGCUGGUUAAUGCUCACAACAUGCAGAUCAAUAAUCGGAGCUCAGUAAUCGAUCAAUAACCAAUGGUAAUCAUGAGCUCGACCACUGAACUCUAGUAAGCAGUAACAGGACACAAUCAUAACACUGUGCAAAAUUGACCUGCUGUCUCCAGCACAGGUACUGUCUGUAAACAGGAGAGGCCUCUAUAAGAUUAUCUGGCUUUCAUAUACCUCCUGUGACUAUAGUUUAGAAAUAAACCAAUUAUUAUCUCUGUUUGAAAUAAACCAAUUAUUAUCUCUGUUUGAAAAAAAAAGACACCAUACCUUUCGAGUAGAGGACAGAAUCCUAAUCUGGAUUGGCUGAAAAUGGAAAC